AUGCUGGUUACCUAUUUGGAAGCCAGCCGGGACCUUUGCGAGACGGACUCAAUUCUUUUUGGCGCCGCGCUGGCAGUCUGCCGUAUCAUAGGCGCCAAGGUUUCCACGGCUGGACGCGCUACUGGCCAUAGUAGCGCUAUCCCAGCAUGGAGAAGAAGAAUUGAGGAACGUAUCGCAAAGGCUAGAGCUCUCAUCGGCAGACUGAUAUGCUUCAGAUCAGGCAACAACAGGCCAAGAAUUGUGCGCACCGUCAGGAUGGCGUUUGCUGGGACAAAUGUCAGUUUGUCCCAGCCGGAUAUAACGCAAAAACUGACGGAGCGCAUAGAUGAUCUGAAGCAGAGAAUCGCUGCUUGGGGAAAGCGGAUUCGGCGAUAUACCGAGAGGUCGACACGGUUCAACCAGAAUCGUCUCUUCCAGAGUGAUCAGAAGAGGCUCUAUGAAUCAUUGGAGCGACCAAUGGUAAGUGGAACGGGUCCAGCACCGAAUCAGGCCGACACUGUAGCAUUCUGGCGCGGCCUGUGGUCAGAGCCCGUAAACCACAGCGAGGGCCCUUGGACGGAAGUUGUGGCGAGUCAGUGUGCGGGUAUUACGCCCAUGGACCCCGUCAUCAUAACGCCGGAUGACGUAGCUGAGGCGGUUCGUAGGGCCCCGAACUGGAAAAGUCCGGGGCUUGACGGGCUGCAUCACUACUGGCUGAAGGGGUUCAUGGGUUCCGUCUCGCAAAUUUCCGCACGGACUAAAGCUGUUAAACCAAAGCGAAAUUGCGAAGAAACCGAAAAUUGUCGAACAGAUUUGAACAAUGGUAGCAAGAUUUUCAAGAUACUCUGGGGUCUGGAGAUUAUCGUAAAUCAUGCAAUGAUGUUCACACCUCAAAUUGUAUUAAGGGAAAAGGGAUAUGGCUGCUCUGGUUACAUACCGCUUAAAUAA